GGGCGUGACCCCCCCUUCCGUCGUCCGUGUGGGCGGCCCCGUGCAGUAGAGAGAGAGAGCGAAACACGACACCCCGGGAAAGGAGGGGGGGAGGAGAGAGUAGCUACGGAGUGAGUGGAGGAAGAAGAAGAAAGUCGGUAAAAAGAGAAAGAGAGCCACACUGACUCUAUCCAUCGGUGAGUUUUCGAUAAAGCAAUGCUGAAGUACGCGGAAUGCGAGAAAGAGAAGGAGUAAACAAGUGACCAAAACUGCUGAAACAACGAAGCGAGCGCCGGGAGGGCUCUCAAUCCUCUGCUGCGUCCGGACUGCUGGCUCAACCUGCAUUUCUCCGCACUCGAGUUGGACGGAGUGACACUGCCCCCGGGGCCACUUCGUCCCUGCGAUCUGGGGAAACUACACAGCCACGAUACAAACUCCGAAGAGGAGGAGGAGAGGGAGAGGGAGGAGGAGGAGGAGGGGGCCUGGGAAGGAGAGGGAGAGAGCGGAGGAGGAGGGGGGCGCGCUGAAUCAGUGAGUGAAACGGAGCAAGUUAAGCGCACCACCGACGGCAAGAAAAGUUUGUAGUUUUGUGGUUUAGAUUAACACUGGGAGGAAGAUCGACGAGAAGGGAUUGAGAGGGAGGCCAGCUUGGCUCCCGAAACUCGAGCCGCCUGAUUGAUCCAUCUCGAAAGCCACUUUCAUCAUGAAACCCCCGGGAGAAUCGGGGUUUGCCUUCCCGGACUGGGCCUACAAACCGGAGUCCAGUCCGGGCUCACGGCAGAUCCAGCUGUGGCACUUCAUCCUGGAGCUGCUGCGCAAGGAGGAGUACCAGGGGGUGAUCGCCUGGCAGGGCGACUACGGCGAGUUCGUCAUCAAGGACCCCGACGAGGUGGCCCGACUGUGGGGAGCGCGCAAAUGCAAGCCGCAGAUGAACUACGACAAGCUGAGCCGUGCGCUGCGAUAUUACUACAACAAGAGGAUCCUGCACAAGACCAAAGGGAAGAGAUUCACCUACAAGUUCAACUUCAACAAGCUGGUGCUUGUCAACUACCCCUUCAUUGACAUGGGGUCUGCAGGUAGUGGAGUCCCCCAGAGCGCCCCGCCGGUGCCCACGGGGGCGGGCACGCACUUCCGCUUCCCUCCCUCCACCCCGUCGGAUGUGCUGUCACCCAACGAGGAUCUGCGCAGUCCGGGUGUGUUCGGCACAGUGUCUCGCCGCAUGGCCCGUGGCUCAGUCAGCGACUGCAGCGACGGUACCUCUGUCAACUCCGAGAUCGAGGAAGGUGGUGGAGGCGGUGGUGGCGAGGAGAGGCCCAGCGGGGGAAGUGGCAGUGGUGGCGGCGGGCCUGGCGCUGGGGGCUUCCGUGGCAUCCUGCACCCUCGUCUCUCCCAUGAGCCUCUAUUCCGGAUGUACAGUGGUCCUGGCAACCCAAAUCACCCUCCUCGGGCCCCUCCGGCCCACCGAGUUGUCCCAGAUCCCCUGUCCCCCUUCCCCGUUUCUCCACUCCCCGGCCCUGGUGGUGCUGGGCUGCUGGCUCCGCCCCUCUCCCCAGCCCUCUCCAUGACCCCCUCCUCACACCUGCCCUACACACCCUCCCCGACCCUCUCCCCUAUGCUGGGCUCCCACUUUUCCUUCAACCCUGAGGACAUGAAACGCUACCUGCAGGCACACACCCAGAGUGUCUACAACUAUCACCUGAGCCCACGUGCCUUCCUGCACUAUCCCAACAUCGUCAUCCCUCAGCCCCAGCGGCCCGAUAAAUGGCCACGCCCACCCACAUGGCCACGCCCACCCGAUCCACCACCCGCUGCAUCUAGCGAGGAAUCCGCCCACAUGUCACCCUUCAAGUUCAAGCUGCAACCACCACCCCUGGGGCGCAAGCAGCGUGAAAACCAGGCUCCCACACAGACCCAGGCCAGCUCCGGCUCCUUGUCCUCCACCUCGGGCCUGGGCUCCUCCGUACCUUUCGGCAGUGACCUCAGCUCGGCCAGUGGCUCCUCAUCGUCUGGCUCCCUGAGCAAUGCAGGGCUGCCCAAAAUCAAGGUGGAGCCAAUUUCUGACAUCGAGUCUGAGGAAGACGUGCAGGUGACAGAUAUCAGUGAUGAAGAAGGGGAAGACAGGGAGGAAGACUUUUAUCCCCCGCAUGGGCGAGAGCAGCAGCCCAACGGUACAGCUGCACCACCAGCUGCUGAGGAGGAUCUGGAUGAAGAUGUGUUCAAGACUCCCGCCCCCCCACCGCCGGGCUUGCCACCCUUUUUGGGUCCUGAGAAUCGACGGCCCCCUGCACUGAAGAGUGAGCCGGUGGAGCCUGGAGAGCCAGCGGCCGCAGUGCUCACACCCUCUCCAGCUGCCCCCCCCAAGUGCAUCCCCCUCAAGCUGCGAUUCAAGCGACGCUGGAGCGAGGACCAGCGCAUGGAGGCCAGCACUGAAGAGUCUGAUGACAAGAAAGUGCGGGCUGAGGAGCAGGAUGGCCGCAGGGGUGUGGAAGAGAAUGGGGGGGCAGAGAGCCCCCCCCUGGCACCUGAGUGUCCCCUCCCCCCAACCCAGCGCAGGGUCAGCGCGGAGCUGCACCGUGCCACUGCCCAACUAUCCCUCGAGAACAACGACUGCUGAUUCCCGCACAGACACACACACACGAGCACAUAAACACACACAUCAUCUCUCUCUCACAUAAAUGUACACACACAGUGACAUGUACAGAUUUGAAGGCAGGUGGGCAUCUGCGUAAUCCAUGCCGAACUGAAACGGACUGACACUAAUGCUGAUAGGCUCCAGCAGUGGGUAACUGCUGAGUGACAGUGUCAUUCUCACCCCCCGCUACAAACCUGGGCCUGCCGCACCAAAUUCAGCCACCCCCCCCACACACACACACACAAACACACACACACACCAAACUCAUGUCAGCCCUGUCCACCCACAGAUGGGCCCCACUGUGACAGAUCUUCAUCUUGAACGAAAAGGGAGAGAGUCACUCUGGAUGCUGAGGUGGGGACGGGGGGGCCGGGCGGUUGCAGACUUUUGGAGGGAGGUUUGGAGCUCUGGCUAUCCUCAGGACCCUCUUGUGCCCUCUGGACCUCUCGCAGGCCCUGAUUUCAGUGUGGUGGAGGGAAGAAUGUUUUUUAUUUUUUAUUUUUUAUUAGUGAAUGGUAAGAUUUCAUAAGUGCCUGUUACACGGUGGGGGGGGGCACAGCAAAGGGGCUGCUCUGGCAUCUGUUUCUCCAGCUAUAAACUCAUAGGAAGACGUUCCGAACUCUGGUUUCGUUUUUCAGACUCGGACUUGGGAAGUCGCGGGGAAAGCGGAGGUCCGGCGCCGAGCGGCCGCUGCCUGCUUGGUCACGCGGCUCUGCUCCGCAGCCCUGCAGUUCCCAGCAUGCCCUGCAUGGGGCCCAUCUAGAAGGUUCUCCCUUGGGUGUCGUGUGGUGGAUCAGUGCUGUGUGUGGGGGGUUGGGGGUGACUUUAAAAGAUAUCAUUUCGGAAUGAGAGUCAUCCUCGUAAACGCGGCGCAUUAAGCACCCCCCACCGCCCUCCCCCAUGUGUUUCUGCCUGUCAUACGUGUGAAGAUCACAGGCAGGGCUAGUGCCGCUCUCCCUGUCCCACGCUGGCCUACGGACAUGGGGCUGGAUCCUGUACAAGCCUCACUUAAAACAUCAUAACGUGGACUGCAGCACAAAACUCAGGUGACACACGGAGUCCAUGUGACUUUCAUUUUUUUUUUUUUUUUUUUUGUCACCGUGACUUUUCCAGCAGAACUUCAGAAAUGCCAGCAUACUCCCAGCAACUUUUUUGAGACUUCAUGGGAAGGAGGGGAGGGGAGGGGAGGGGUGGGAGGUAAAAUAGAGAAUCUGCCUCUUUUA